UUUCCUUCCUUCUCUGCCUGUUGAGUAACUUCCGUCCUUCCUCUGAGCAGCAGCCGACGCGGAGCUCAGGUUCAGAGCUCAGCAUGGCCGAUGGCUCCGGGGACCCGGCCGUGUUCACCUGCAGCUCCCUGCCCUCCGACCCACGGCUGCUGCCCACCCUCACCAACGCCUACCUGGGCACCCGGCUCUACCGUGACAUCCUCCACGUCAACGGGGUCUACAACGGGGCAGCGGGGGACACGCACCGUGCGGACAUCCCCAGCCCCGUCAACGUCAGGAUGAUGCUGCCCGGUGUGGACGGCCUGGCCCAGACCUUCACCCUCAACACCCAGACGGGAACCUUCAGCCAUGUGCUUCAGUCCACUGAUUGUGCAGCCAUCCAUCAGAUCUACGCUCACCAUUCCCUUGUCCAUCUGAUGGCCUUCAGCAUCACCAUCCAGCGCUCAGCACUCACCACCCAACCCAUCACAGUCCAGCUCCAGACACCUUUUGUGCCAAGGAGCCAGGACUUGGACCUGCACCGAGGACCAGACUUCCAGGGAGCACACUAUGUCUAUGGGCAGACCCUGGUUCCUGAGGUGGAGGGGGGGCCCCGUCCCACCAUUCACAUGCUCUGGGGUCCCGUGCCCCCAUCCCUGACCCUGGGAGGUGAGGAGCGGGAGCGAUCCUGGGAGUUCCUGACGGCCGUGGCUGAGAGCGAGGAGGAGGCCAAGAGGAGCUACAGCCAGGGCAUGGCCAUGGUGGCCACCGGCUCCCUGCACGCCUCCCACCUCCACGCCUGGGCCAGGCUGUGGCAGGGCUGCUGCGUGGACCUGGACGGACCUCUGCCCUUGAGGCAGGCCCUCUACGGGUGUCUCUUCUACCUGCUGAGCUCCAUCCCUCCCCAGGAGAACCCUGGCUUCCUUUUCCAUGGCAUCAGCCCUGGUGGCUUGUCCAAUGGCACUCAGGGCGAGGACUACUGGGGACACAUCUUCUGGGACCAGGACACCUGGAUGUUCCCCAACAUUCUGCUGUUCUACCCCGAGGCUGCCCGGGCCAUCCUGGGGUACCGUCUGCGUGGGCUGGAGGGGGCCCUGCACAACGCACGGGACCAGGGCUACCAGGGUGCUAAGUUCCCGUGGGAGAGUGCGGCCACUGGCCGGGAAGUCUGCCCUGAGGAGAUCUAUGGAGAACAAGAAAUCCAUGUCACGGGGGAUGUCCUGAUGGCCUUUGAGCAGUAUUAUUGCACCACGCAGGACCAGAAGCUGUUCAGGGAGGAUGGAGGCUGGAAGCUGGUGGGUGCUGUGGCUCAGUACUGGUGCAGCAGGAUGGUGUGGAGCCAGGAAGAGCAGUGCUACCACAUCAAAGGUGUGAUGCCCCCAGAUGAGUAUCACUGCCAGGUUGACAACUCUGUGUACACCAACGCCGUGGCUCGGCGCAGCUUAAAUUUUGCAGCCGAUGUGGCUCGGGACUUCUCAGUCCCUGUGCCAGAGGAGUGGGUGGACUGUGCCAAGAAAGUCAAAGUGCCCUUUGAUGGGGAGAAGAAGUAUCACCCUGAGUACGAUGGGUACAGCCCAGGUGAACCUGUCAAACAAGCUGACGUGGUCUUGCUUGGGUUCCCCCUGAUGCACCCCAUGAGCCCUGAAGUUCGGAGGAAUGACCUGGAGAUGUACGAGCCCGUGACCGAGCGGGAUGGACCAGCCAUGACCUGGAGCAUGUUUGCAGUGGGGUGGCUGGAGCUGAAGGAGGUGCAGAGAGCCCAGAGCCAACUCAACAAGUGUUUUAGCAACAUCACGGAGCCCUUCAAGAUCUGGGUGGAGAAUUCAGAUGGGUCAGGAGCUGUGAACUUCUUGACAGGGAUGGGUGGAUUCUUGCAGGCUGUCCUCUUUGGCUACACAGGCUUCAGGAUCACCAGGUCCAGCCUGCGCUUCGACCCCACCUUUCCUGACGACAUCCACAGGAUGGAAGUCACUGGUGUCUCCUACCUGGGCAACAAACUGAAGUUCACCAUCACCAGGGGAGAGAUGGGGGUCCAAGUGACUGAGUCUCCCCAAGACCCCCCAGCAUCUUCCCUGGAAGCUGUGCUGGAGGAGUCGGGGCAGCGCUUUCCCCUGCGUGCAGGACAGAGUGUCUCCUUCUCCACAGCAGCUGGCUGGAUCCAGAGGUCACCCACCACAGCACUUCAGACUGGGGCCCAGGAGCAGGAGCACACUGAAAGGGGGAUGUUGGUGGAGGGGCAACAGUGAGGGGUGGGGUGGAGGGCAGGGGUCCUAGGCAGUGCCAUAAACCCU